ACUUAACUGAACUGUGGGUGGAAAUCAGCUGAGCGAUUCAAUUUUAGCUGCUUUCUGUUUUGCAAAUUAGCAUGACUUAUCUAUCCUGUCUGGCGCUAGCCUCUCUUCGCAUUUGAAUUGUUUGUUCAUUAGGAAAAUCAUUAUUGUUUUUUCGUCACGAGAUCCUUUGGUCUGUCGACUAUCCUGUUUUGCUGCAGUGGACAGAUGCCAAGCAUGCUGGGACAUGAGUGAAUCAUAGCAUGAUGAAUCCUGAGGAAGCCGACCUUCAGAAUGACUACCGUUACCGUAGUUACGCAGGUGUCAUUGAGAAGGCACUGCGAAACUUUGAAUCAUCUAGCGAAUGGGCCGAUCUCAUCUCCUCACUAGGAAAACUCAACAAGGCUCUGCAGAGUAAUCUGAAGUACUCACUGUUACCGCAUCGACUGAUCAUAGGAAAGCGGCUGUCUCAAUGUUUGCACCCUGCCCUGCCCAGCGGCGUCCAUCUCAAAGCACUGGAGACCUAUGAGGUCAUUUUUAAAAUCAUCGGCACAAAAUGGCUAUCAAAGGAUCUCUUCAUUUACAGUUCAGGGCUGUUCCCGUUGUUGGGUUAUGCAGCGAUGUCGGUGAAGCCGGUUCUGUUGACUCUGUACGAGCGAUACUUCCUGCCUCUUCAGAGAGCAUUGUUACCCAGCCUGCAGGCCUUUAUCAUGGGCCUUCUGCCAGGACUAGAGGAGGGUGCAGAGGUCUAUGACAGGACUGAUGCAUUGCUUCUGAAGUUGUCAGUGUUGGUGGGUCAGCCUGUGUUUUAUGGGGCACUCUGGGGGUCAGUGCUUAUAUGUCCUCUUGUACGGCUUCCUGCCACCCUCUUCAUCGUGGCACACCUUGACCACUCAGUCACUGGCCGAGAACAGAAGUAUAUGCUUGGGACAGACCACAACCUUGUGGUAAAAGCCAUCUGUCUCGCUCUGCAAGACUCCAAUGUUCUGGUCCAGAGAAACAUGCUGGAAAUUCUGCUCUACUUCUGCCCAUUUACAACCUGCCUGGAUCCUGUAAAAUCUGCCAUUCCUCUUAAUGAAGAUGAGAUGAUCAGCGUGGUGUCUGCUGCCUCCCUCACGCUACUCAGAAGAGAUAUGUCUCUAAAUCGACGCCUCUAUGCUUGGAUGCUUGGUUUAGACAUUAAAGGAGGAAUGGUGGCCGCAGACUCCAGUAGUUAUAACACUGUGGAAGAAUACACAGCUUUCUUUUUCGAAACGCACACCAGAAAAUUAUUGGUGCAGGCUCUGGUGAAUAUUUUGAAGCAGAAAGAUUCAGAAGCCAAUCCAGACAAUGUCAUAGAGUAUCUCAGACCAUUUCGCAUCAUCAUCAACCUUCUGGACAAACCUGAGAUAGGACCGUUGGUGUUGUCUGAUAUCUUGCUGGAAGUGGUCAAAGCUUUUUACAGUUACUGUGAAGUGAUGCUGGGAGAGGACAAUCUCAACUCCAGCCUGAGGGGCAGCCAACUUAACAGUAAAAUCAAGGAGAAUAAAAACGCUUCAGAGAUUAUAAAGACAGUCAAUAUGCUUGUGGGUGCCAUAAGCAGCAGUUAUCUCUGGGACUACAUGACAAGACACUUCCAAAACUGUCUCAGAUCAAUGAGUGAACCAACAGAGAAGAGUGAACCUGAAAACUGGAGCAGCCCUUCUUCAGUAACUGAGAUCUCAACUCUUAUUAUAUUCCUGUUGGAUGUUAUUCCUCUGGAGCUCUAUGCAGAGAUUCAAACACAAUACCUGCCACAGAUGCUGGGAAGCAUGCUGCACUCUCUUCGUAGUCACAUGACAUCCCUUAGCCUUCAUGAGCUCACGCAAACCAUGAGAGCAUGUCAUAAAGUGCUCAGUAAGAUCCAUAUGCCAGUUGCUUAUAUAGACAUGGAAGCUGAAUCACAGACGCUAAAUGUUGGACAAACACAGAUCCUGGAAACCACAGGAAAGCAUGAAAAGAUGGAGAGUAACCAUGAAGACAGCUCAAGUGAGGUUGAUCUGAAUGGACAGGAUGCACUGGAGGCAGAGCCACUUGAAAAUGCAUAUCCGGCUUUGCGGUCUGAAGACAGUGGGUUAGGCCUGAGCGCGUCUCCAUCUGAACAGCAUCUCCUACCAGCUCGUAAUGAAUCAGAUGCUGCAUCUGAAACAGAAGAUGUUUGGAGAAGAAAAGGGACUAUAGAAAACAUGUCUAAAUGUCUCCAGGACAUAUUAGCAUCUCUUAUCAUAAGACACUUACUGGAUCCUGAGAAAAAGAAAAAACAAGAAGAGGCGAAUCAAAUAGAUCACAAUGGCUCUCCGGACAGUAAGCGUUCUCCAUUGAAACAUAAAAGAGGCAGCCGAGACUUGGGUCUCAUCAAAGACAGACUUGCAGAGUUUUUCAGCCCUAGUAAACUCAGGAUCCAUGCCAUUCAUGGGACCUUUAAGAUCAGGGCCAAAAACCACAGACCAGCAGAGCUGGAGUGGAUGGGAAGCUUCCAAUCGAAGGGGAAAGGGGAGAUAUCAGAGUCGUGUCGUGAAGCCUUCACUGUCAUCUGCCAGCUUCUCCUGGAAUGCACAACUUUUCCAGUCUAUUUCACUGAGGAAGAGAGCCAGGACCUGCACACGACUAUGUUCAACAAGACGGGGAUUGACAGCACCCUUCCUGAAUGGUUGAGGUCCUUGAUGACUUUGUGUUGUCUGACGAAAGACUACAAGGUGCAACAUGUUGCGAUCUCAUCUCUACUUGAGCUGAUCAAUCACUCGCAGUCUUUAGCUCUUGUCAUUCAGGAUAAGAAUCAACGUUAUAGGAACUGUGAUGCUAACCCACUCAGUGGGCAGCUGCAGAUGGUCACCCUGCCUCCCAUCUACCCCAACGUUCUCAAAACUAUAGAGGAUUCCACAGACUUUUACCUGCGUGUAUCUCAGGUGUUAUGGGCUCAGUUAGACCCAGAACGCAGGGAGCAUCACGUAUCUUUUGUGGAGCUCUUUUAUCGGCUUCAUUGUUUGGCUCCAUCUGCAACCAUUUGUGAGGACAUCAUUUGCAUGGGUUUGAUCAGCGGGGACAAGGUUGUGUGUCUGGAAGCACUCCAUAGGUUCUCAGUUCUGUGGCACCUAACGCGAGAGAUCUUGACAAAUCACAGCACUUCUCUCAACCGAUCUUUUGACAGGUCUUUGUUUGUGGUGCUAGAUAGCUUAAACAAUCGGGAUGGUAGUAUUAGCGCUGCAGCACAGAACUGGUUGGUGCGGGCUCUCUCUCUCGGUGAUGUGGUCCGCAUCCUGGAACCAGUUUUGCUCUUACUGUUGAAUCCAAGAACACAAAGAUCACCGAUACAGAGCGUCAAACAAAAUCUCUCAGUCGGUAAUUUAAAGGCAGUGAGUUACAAAGACAGAUCCGCCUCAAAAACUUCCGGAGAGGAAGCACAGGACACAAUUGUCCCUCACAUCACUGUAGUAGACCGUGAAGCAUUAUGGGCAGAGCUGGAACAAGAUCCGGAACUAAUGAGAACGCCUUCGGAAUCACCAGGAAUGUCCCAAAGUGAAAGUGAGGAAACUGAAGGAGAGGAUGAAGAAGAACCGGAAGAAGAAGUGGACAGUGAACACACUGAGUCUGCAGACACCAGCGGUGCCCAGAACUCCACUGAAAAUUCCAGCUCAAGCUCCGCCCCUUACUUGCAGCGUCGCGAUGAUAGAAGCGUAGAGGAAGAGGGUGGGAUCAAUGGCCUGAAGAGGGUGGAUUCAGAACGCACUCAGGUUUCUGAUUCGUUGUCAAGCGAUGAAGACGAUGGACAGUUGGAGGCCAUCGCCAAAUCUCGGCAGCUAAAGCGACAGAGGGAGAAACGAGAGGCAGUGGAUUCGUUGUUCCAUCACGUUUUACUCUAUAAGCAGCCGUAUGAGAGCAGCCGUGUUCUCUAUGCCUUCAGUAUUUUAGAGACCAUACUUCGGACGAGUGCAGGGCCGUUUGUAGAUGCUCUCUCCAAUACUUCUCUGGAUUGCAGCUCCACCGCCCAUCUCAACCUCAUCCAAAACCUUAUUCAGAGGCACCGUCAGGCUCAGGAUGGUGGCAGCUUCUAUGGACAACUGCAAAUCUCAACCCCACCAAGUGCAGCCACUCCCGACCAAUCUCAGCCACUAUCAUCUCCUUCUUCACCUUCUUCACCGCCAACUCUUCUGUUAGAGCUACUCACCUGCCUUUGUCUGCGCUAUCUCCGCUCUCACUAUCCCUCUUAUGCUAAUGUUCCCACCCAGCAACUCCAGGACAAUCGGGAAGUGCAGGUUAAAAGUGUGGAGGUGCUUACUGAGUUGAUGAUCCAAUUGGUAAGGGUAGCCCAACAGGCUCAGAUUGGGGAAGCAAAGUCCAGUGCUAAUCUGGAGGCGGUGGGUAACCUCCUUUGGAGCUACAAGGUGCAACAGUAUGUUCUCCUUACCCUUUCUGCCUCCAUGUACGUCUGCCAGCGGGGUGAGCGGCCUGACCAGCAUGCCAUGCCUGAGGAAGACCAAGUAGAAAAUGGAGGGGAGCUUUCGGAAGAGAGUCUGAUCAACUUCGGCAGAGAUGGGACUUGGGCUGAACAUCCGCUCCAGAUUGCCCUAUUGAAGCUUCUCAAGGUUCUUAUUGUAUUGGAACACCAUGUGUGUCCGCCAAACACCAAAUCAUAUAAUCAAGAUACUAACCAACAGCGGCGUGCAGAAGCUCCUACUUCAACCUUGGCUCGAGAGUGGCAAACAGCAGUGAUGUUCCAGCAGUCUAUUAAAGCAGUGCGUUACGUAUCCAGUCAGCCUAUCACUGCUCAGGGCAUGUUUGUGUCAGCCGCAGCCCGGGCUUUGCAACCGCAGUACGGCUAUGCCAUGCACCCAGCCUGGGUGACUCUACUAUGCGAAGUGUUGCCAUAUUUAGGACGAUCACUGGCCAUCAUUGUAUCGCCUAUCAUUGGCCAAAUCUGCAAGAACCUGGAUGAGCUUGUUAAACAGCAUGAGCAUGACGGAAUCAAGACUUCACACAACAGCAUUCUUAAGAGGGAGAACAUAGCACCUGAUUAUCCUCUGACUUUACUGGAAGGACUUACCAGUAUUGCACACUACUGCCUCCUAGACCACAAAAAGACUCCCGGCUGUGAUGUUCCAGACUUGCGAAAUGCUAGCAAUGCCGUUUUGGAUGAGUUUCCGCACAUGAUUAGCAGCAUGGCCUUACUCUGGGGUGUGGUCAAGGGCUGUGACUCCACCCGUGGCAGCAGAGUCUCUCCCACCUCUGUGUACUUUAAGGGCACAAAGAUCUUAAGGCAGAAGAUUCUAGAGUUUCUGAUGCCAUUGACUCAGCAGUUUGGGGUACAGGUUAUGGCAUCUGUUGCUGCCGUGUGGAGUAGCAGGAGGAGCCGGAAAAGAUGUUCCAGAAAAAAGAUUUUGCCAGAUGCCAGUGAAUCCCAAGUGACCUUGGUGGACCUGGUGAAGGCACUGAACACGCUCCGUACUGACACCAUACUACAGCUUAUCAGAGAGGUGGUGAAAAAACCACAUCAGAUCAAAGGAGACCAGAAGGCUACAUUAGUUGACAUUCCAAUGCUACAGUUCAGCUAUGUCUACAUUAAAAGUCUUCCUGCUCAGGCUCUUCAGGAGAACAUCAACGCUCUUCUCUGUCUGCUCAGAGAAUCGGUCCAGCUUAACCUCGCCCCACCUGGACACUUCUUGCUCCUUGGCAUCCUAAAUGACUGUGUAAAUAGACUUCCCAAUAUGGAUAACAAGAGGGAUACUAGAGAACUGCAGGAAGUAAGCCAGCGCAUAUUAGAGGCAGUGGGAGGUGUGGCCGGCUCAUCUCUUGAGCAGACCAGCUGGCUGAGUCGUAACCUGGAAGUGAAAGCUCAACCUCAAGUCUGUCUACAGGGAGAAGAAGAUGACCAUGAUGUCAACGACUUUGAUGACGCUGCAGGUCAAGGCAACACUAUGGUGUCGUCUUCAGCUCCAUCUGUAUUUAGUGUACAAGCUCUGGCUCUGCUGGCUGAAGUUCUGGCUCCUCUUUUGGACAUGGUCUAUCGCAGUGAUGAGAAAGAGAAAGCUGUGCCUCUUAUUUCUCGUCUCAUGUAUUAUGUUUUUCCCUAUCUGAAAAAUCACAGUGCCUAUAACAUGCCUAGUUUCUGUGCGAGUGCUCAGUUGUUGAGCAGUCUGAGUGGAUAUGCAUACACUAAGCGAGCAUGGAAGAAAGAAGUACUGGAGCUCUUUAUGGACCCAAUGUUUUUCACAAUGGAAUCCUCGUGUACAUCCCAUUGGAAAUCCAUCAUAGACCAUCUACUGACUCAUGAGAAGACAAUGUUCAAAGACUUGAUGAGUAUGCAAAGCAGUUCUUUGAAGCUGUUCAACAGCGCCGAGCAGAAGCCCAUGUUACUGAAGCGACAGGCCUUUGCUAUGUUCAGUGGAGAAAACGACCAGUAUAACUUCUAUUUGCCUCUUAUACAAGAGCGUUUAACGGAGAACCUACGUGUGGGACAGACCCCGGCAGUGUCAGCUCAGAUGUUCUUCAUGUUUCGUGUUCUUUUGUUGAGGAUCUCACCACAACAUCUCACCUCACUUUGGCCAAUCAUGGUGACUGAGCUGAUUCGCGUUUUUAACCGCCUAGAGAAGAUGCUGCUUGAAGACAAAGAUGUUUCAAAGAGUAAAUUACGGGGCGGCAAUGACAAGAAUAGUCAACUGUGCUUCACACAGGCAGAGUUAGAUAUGUACCUGUCAGCCUGCAAGUUUCUGGACACUGCAGUGUCCUUCCCACCUGACCAGAUGCCCCAGUUUCAAAUGUAUCGCUGGGCUUUCAUUCCUGAAGUAGAUGUUGACCGUUAUGAUGGACCAGAAAACACUCUUUUGGAAGAAGAACAGGAGUGUAAACCUCAUGUUGUCAGAAUACUAGAUGGAAUAAACCGACGUUAUGGGGAGCUGAAUGGAACAGUGGGGGAGUCGAGCACAGACCGUGUGGAGUUUCCUUUGCUCACGCUCCGAUCUCUCACUUCAGUCAUGGAUCUUGUGCCAUUUUUCAAUAUCCUCUGCUGUUCGUUUAAUGGCUCUUCCGGCCCCUCCACACCCCUCCCACGUUAUGCUGCAGUCUACCCACCACCCAGCAGUGACAGGAUCCUAAAACAACUCGAGCACAUCAUUGAAGGAGAGUUCCUCGACGGAAUGGAGAGUUAGAUGAUCCCUAAAGUUGGAAACGGAAAGAUUCUUCGCUUUGGUUAUUUAUGUCAUUGGUCUUUUAUACUAAACUUGCAUUUUCGUUGUAGCAUAAUAAGUUUAAAUUAAAUGUACAAUUUAUAAAUUGUUAAACAUCUCAGACAUGCUAUAUGAUCUUUUGCCAUCUCCCAUGUGGUGAAUGUAUGUCAUCUUUGUAUUUCAGUUUGGUUUUCCAAACAUUCUCUGCAUUCCAUUACUAUUCAAUAUUACUUGGUGUCAUUACCAAAUGGGUCAAAAUAAACAUGAGUGACCCAUCUUUCAGCAAUAGCAUGAUGAUACGCUUGUUGCUUUGCCUGUGAAGCUUUCAUUUGUAUCUUUUCUAGUAUUUUUGCUUACAGUACCUGACCUUCUGGGUUCUUCUGUAUGGCUGCUGAUUGUGGAAAUGAUAUCCUUUAUGUUGUCUCAGGGAGUCACAUAUAGGGUUUGAUUUAUCUGCUGGAAAAUGUUGACAGUGUAAUGUUUGUACCAGACAGUCAGUGUUUAUAGGCUUUCUUUUGUUUUGUCUUUAACUCUGCUAGAUUUCCAUGCUAUAUAUAUUGUAAUGAGUAUUAAAUUUGAAAUAUUUGUAUGUAAAUAUUAAAUAUGUCUUCUUUAAUGUUAACAGUAUCUUUAAAGGUAUCCACUAUCCUUAAAGGAAUAGCAAUGCACAAUUUUUUUUCUUGACAUAAGGGAAUGUUUCACUUGUAAGACCUCAAAGACGUUUAAUGCUGUGACUUUAAUUGUAGAAACCAAUUAAUCGCUAAUAUGCUAUUUUGUCCUGUUUAAAUUCUCAAGCCAGUAUGAUUAAAGUGCCUAAAAAUAAAUUUUGAAGAUGCACAAAAUUAA